AUGGAUGAAUCAAAGUUACUUGCCAUUCUUGACAAGUUAACCCCGACGAGUUUUCUAGACCCAAAUGAGAGUGAUGUGGUGAAAAACACAUUAAUGUUGUGUGACGAUGCCAAAAUGAAUGAGGAUCAUUCUGCCUCAAUAAAACUGUUAUAUUCCAAUACUAUAUCAUAUGAGGCUAUUGAUGCUGAUGUGAUAAAGCAAAGGUUUUCAGAUGGGAUACACAGAAUGGAAGAAAAAGAAGAUACAACGGAUGUCACACAUCUAGCAUAUUGGAAACCGUCAUCAACGAAGGUAAAUUUUCCGAUUGAAAAUGCAUUGAACCAUGAUCCUAACUCGUAUUGGCAAAGUGACGGUAAACAACCACAUAGAAUGGAUAUCUAUUUUAGCAAGUUCAUGAACUUGAAAUAUCUUGCAUUUUAUCUCUCCCAAUUUCAGGAUGAAUCAUACACACCGAGAGAAAUAAAAAUUUAUUACGGAAACGGUCCUAAUGAUUGUAGGCUUUUUGUACAUGUAAUAAUUCAAAGUGUGAAUGGAUGGUUUUUGAUACCAACUGAUACCGCAAGAUGUGUGGAUAUGGAGGUGACCGUGACAGAAUUGAAUUGCCGGUUCCUUCGGUUUGAAUUCCCAUUUAAUUUUGAACAUGGGAAAGAUACACAUUUAAGAGGAAUGAAAAUAUUGGCAAAGGCAAACAAGAAAUCCGUGGAGAUGGAUGGAUGGUUAAAGACUUCCACAAUGGAAAAUAAUUUUUUAAACGCAUUUCCCUUAAAAUAA